UCACAGCUUGAUUGGUAUCGUCUCCAGCUCUGCACGUAUGGCUGUGUUAAUAGGUCACACCUCGAGAGAGGGCACAGCCCAGAAAGGACUUUUCUCUCCGUUCGCACAUUCUUGCCGAUUAUCCGUUGCUGAUUCCCAUUGAUUACGGGGGUCACCAGUUUCCCACAUGACGUCGCGAUGUCAGGUAUCCACGAAAGCCAGUUCUCAUGGGUGUGACCAGCACCAGGUCGCCACGACUCAUACCUAGCUUGAACAUUAUCAAGGAGACUGGGAUGUGAGCGAUGCCAGGGUAUUUCUUGAAUAUAGCAUGAACUUGAUUGCUUGCCCAAAAUAUUUUGCAUAUAACUUACGGUUGUUCCAGCUCUGUGCCCUCCAUUUUCUAAUAUUAUCUUUCUUUAUUUGGCCGUUAUAAGUCUUUUGUAUUCAUAUCGGCAAAUUCAAACCUACUGUAUACUUCACCUAUACCACUUCCCAAACAAGUGUAUAAGCAUAGCAGUCCUCGGUCAAAAUGCGGCAGACAGGGUUCUUCCAUCACAUCGGCUCGUUUCUGCUAUUUGCGGCUACGGUGCUGCUGAUUAUCACCGAUAUCUCAGCCCCUGUAGUGAACAGCAUUUCGAUGUUGAGAGUCAACCUCGAUGACAGUAAUACAUCAACAGACCGUCGCCCAGCUGUUACCUUCGGUACUUUCGGCUACUGCGUGAAGGACACUACGGCUUCCGGCCAGGACUUCUGCAGCCGGUCGCAUGUCGGUUAUGACCCAGCCACCAUCGUCCAGAACAAUGUACAGAAUGUGGACUUCUCAGACUAUGCGGCGGACACGUCUAAAGGCUUGACGCGCGUUAUGAUCUUGCACCCGAUCGCGACGGGACUGGCAUUCAUCUCAUUCCUAUUAGCGCUCGGUGCUGGGAUCGUCGGUAGCCUACUCGCAUCGCUGUUCUCGUUGCUCAACUUCAUCGUCACCCUUGUCGCACUUGUUUGCGACUUCGUAUCGUUCAGUAUUAUCCGGUCCGAAGUCAACAACUCUGGUAACGGUAGCCAGGCCGAGUGGGGUGCUGCGUCUUGGACUAUCCUCGUCUCCGCCAUCUGCAGCUUCCUCGCUACGUUUAUAGUCUUCUUUACGUGCUGCAGCGCCAGGAUGCACAGACGCCGAGAUACCCGUUUUGGCGCCAAGGACGCCCCCGGGGGAUAUGGCGCCCCGGUACGUCGGAGGCGAUGGUGGUAAAUCAGAUUAAAUGAUCCUGCCACAACAGCACAGGCUCCGAUCGACCAAAAGCCAUCAAGCUUAACAAUGAAAUCGACGAAUUCGAUG